UACUGUAGUAAGUAUUUGUACUAAUGCGUGUCACACUGUAGUAACGAUCAACACCUUAAAAUGUAUGGGAAGAUGGAGACAGACGGGACUUGGAACAAACCAUAUUAUAGCACAGAUGAAUUGCCGCUUUGACCAAUGGAACCAUCUGAGCCCGAGUUUCUGGGAAGCCCGGCCACAGUCUAUAAUAUGCUUAUUAUGUCGAGAGCAGCCUUUAGUUUGACUUUUUUUUUUCUUCCUGCCUCAAAAGAAGAGCUGUUAUGCGUUAGAGUGGUAUACUACACCGAAUAUGGACUUUUCUCUUUGCUCUUUACCAGAAUGGGAUGGCAAUAGCAAUAGCAGCAGCAGUAGUAGUAAUAGUAUAGAUCAGACAUACAAACUCGUUG